GAUAUAUAUAAGACAUCAUUUUUAUUUUUUUUUUUUCUUUACGAAACUCUCCCCAAGAGCUUUGCCUGUCCCGAUCGAUCGAGACGAAUCCUUCCUGUCGCCACCGGCCCCUUCGAAGUUCGAACUGCGAAGCAUCACCGGUGCUUCCCUUCCAACAACCUGAAAACGUUCGCGAACGGACAGAGGUCCAGUGCGACUGAGGACGGUAGGGAUGUCUAGUAGAAACCGUUUGCCACGCCAAUCUGAUAACCAUAGAGGAUACCGCGAUGGUCCACCAGCACGGCCUGUUAUGCAGCGAGGACCUGGUCCCCUCCCGCCUCAUCCUGCAGCCCUUGAAGAGGAACUUGAAAUUCAGCAUAGAGAUAUGCAAAGAAUUCUUGCUGACAAUAGACAUGUACUUGACGAGAAUGUGAUGCUCGAAAGGGAAUUGACUGCCGUAAAAGAUGAGAUUCUAAGAUUAGGCCAAUUCAUUCCUAAGCUGCAUGGUGACAAUGAGGUGCAGGCAAGGGAGUAUAUUGAGCGAGGAUUGAAGCUGGAGGCUGAGCUUCACUCUGCAGAACCUCUGCGUGCAGAACUUGGGGGUUUAAGAGCUGAUGCCCAAAAGUUAAAUGGUUUCCGACAGGAAUUAUCUACCCAAGUUCAAAGUUUAACGAAGGAUCUUAAUCAGCUGCAAACUGAGAAUAAACAAGUUGCUGCCAUGAAGGCUGAUAUUGAUGGGAUGCGCAAAGAGCUUGUGGAAGCAAGGAGAGUAUAUGAACUUGAGAAGAAAGAAAACACAGAGCUUGUGGAACAGAACCAAGCAAUGGAGAAAGAUCUUGUCUCUAUGGCUCGUGAAAUGGAAAGGUUACGAGCAGAGCAGAUGGCUGCAGAGAGGAGAGCAAGGGGACUUGGCGUUGGACCAUAUGGAAUGCUGAAUGAAAGCCCAGAAAUGGGGUAUCCGAGUGGUUUGUACGGUGAUCCAUAUAGCGCUGGAGCUUGGGGGGGACCCUAUGAUAGACGCGGCCCUCCAAGGCGCUGAACUCUGUGUUGGAAAGCAAUGGUGGUUAUAAGAAAUGUGUAGUUUGGAAUUUUCUGCUGCUUAACUUAAUUCCUCGUUGUAGAUUUGUCUAAUUGAGGCAUGAAACUACUGUUCUUUUUAUCUAACCACUGUUGGUAUGAACUGCUAUUGCCUUUCCAUAUGUAAUGUGGAAGUUAUAAUUGCUCUCCUG